AUACCGCCGCGGCUACUGUGACGUCAGAGCGGACUGCUGCUACGAGCAGGUCAGGAAAGAUGGCGGCGGAGGAGAGCAGGUUGAAGCAACGGAAUCACAAGAACAGCAUCUUCAAAGAAGGUGGCCACAGGUUUAAGUCGGACACAUCCCAGAUGAGGCGUGAGGAAGAGGAGGAUGACCUGCUGGAGGAGGAGGAAGAGGAGGUGGGUGUGGCCAGGCCGGUGCAGAUCGUGAUGGCAGACGAGGAGGAGCACUCGUUCACACUGCACGAGGAGGCGCUGGAGAGGCUGCUGCUGCAGGAGGAGGUGCAGGACCUCCACGUGGUCGUCGUCUCUGUGGCCGGAGCUUUUCGCAAGGGCAAGUCCUUCCUGCUGGACUUCAUGCUGCGCUACAUGUACAAACAGUCCGAUUCCUGGGUUGGAGGUGAGGACGAGCCUUUGACGGGCUUCACCUGGCGGGGCGGCUGUGAGAGGGAGACCACGGGCAUCUUGGCCUGGAGCGAGGUGUUUGUGGUGGAGAAACCAGACGGCUGCAAGGUUGCAGUUCUACUAAUUGACACACAGGGGGCGUUUGACAGCCAGUCUACCAUCAAAGACUGUGCCACGCUGUUCGCCCUGAGCACCAUGACCAGCUCUGUCCAGGUGUACAACCUGUCCCAGAACGUCCAGGAAGACGACCUUCAGCACCUUCAGCUCUUCACAGAGUAUGGACGACUGGCCAUGGAGGAAGUCUAUGAGAAACCUUUUCAGACUCUGAUGUUCCUGAUCAGAGACUGGAGUUACCCGUACGAACACCAGUAUGGGCUGGAGGGCGGACGGAGCUUCCUGGAGAAACGACUGCAGGUGAAGCAGAACCAACAUGAGGAGCUGCAGAACGUCAGGAAACACAUCCACUCCUGUUUCUCCAACAUCAGCUGCUUCCUGCUGCCUCACCCCGGCCUCAGGGUGGCCACUAACCCUCAGUUCGAUGGCCGGCUCAGAGAUAUCGAUGAGGAGUUUAAGAAGGAGCUGGUGAACCUGGUCCCGGUGCUGCUGUCCCCGGAGAACCUGGUGGAGAAAGAGAUCGGAGGAGUCAAAAUCACCUGCAGAGACCUGCUGCACUACUUCAAGGCCUACAUGAAGAUCUACCAGGGAGAGGAGCUUCCUCACCCCAAGUCAAUGCUGCAGGCAACAGCUGAAGCCAAUAACCUUGCAGCUGUAGCAGGAGCCAAAGACGUGUACAACAAAAGCAUGGAGCAGAUCUGUGGCGGAGAUAAACCCUACAUUUCCCCGGCGGAGCUGGAGCGCCGUCACAUGGAGCUGCGGCAGGUGUCGGUGCGGCACUUCCGCUCCGUGAAGAAGAUGGGCGGCGAAGACUUCUGCCGACGCUACCAGGAGCAGCUGGAGGCGGAGCUCGAUGAGGCCUACGCCAACUUCAGCAAGCACAACGACGGCAAGAACAUCUUCUACGCCGCGCGGACGCCCGCCACCCUGUUCGCCGUCAUGUUCGUCAUGUACAUGGUGUCGCUGGUCACCGGCUUCGUGGGCAUCAACUCUGUGGCCACGCUGUGUAACCUUGUGAUGGGCGUGGCUCUGACGGCGCUCUGUGUCUGGGCUUACGUCAAAUACUCUGGAGAGUUUCGCGAGGUUGGAGGAGUCAUCGACCAGGUGGCUGAAACCCUCUGGGAACAGGUUUUCUCCAAACUCUUCGAGGUGGCUCGGAGUCGAAUCCCGUUGGGAAGCCUGAUCCCGGCGCCGAGGCCCCGGCUCGCCUCAAACAACAACGUCAAGAAGAAAAACUAGCGGCACGCCCUUUUCGGCCCUGCUGCGUUUAUUUCCUCCCCCCUCCCUCACCCUCUGCUCGGUUGUGAAACGACGUUUUUAGGCCGGUUUGAGACGUUUAAAUCCGUUUUUGUUCUCUGACUGUAGGUGACGGCUCCUCGCUGUGCCAGCUGUAGGUUUCAGGACUCGCUGUAGACCGGGACGAAGCAGUUCCAUGUAUUUUAUCUGUCAGUGGGCGGGGUUAAGGUAUUUAUUGGCGGGAGGGGCCAUUAUUCCAUCACUGAGUGUCAUCCCAGGUGUGUGUUCACCUGUCGCACGAUGACUCGACAUUAAUGAUUCCCAUUUAUGUGAAUGUAUGAAGAGCAUGACCACAGACCCUCGUCACGGUUUCCCUCCUCUCCUCUCCUCCCUCCUCCCCUCCUCUCCCCUCCCUCCUCUCCUCCUCUCCUCUCCUCCCUCCUCUCCUCCUCUCCUCUCCUCCCUCCUCUCCCCUCCUCUCCUCCCUCCUGUUGGUUCUGUCGCUGGGCGGCAUCACGAGGAGGAGCCACAACCAAAGUUUACAGCUUUACUCGCAGACGCUCUCAGACUGAGCAGACUGACAAACGUGUUGGUCCUCGGGACUUCAGGGACAGUUUGACUUCUUAUUUACCCAGAAUCAGAAACUCGUGGACCGGUUUCUACUUGUCUGUGCAGUUUGGAGGUACGCUGAUGGAACCGGAGCAGUCGCCGCCGCUCAUUUAAACGUAGACCAACACGCCUGAGACUGAAUGUCAGUCAAAUGCUCUGACACGGGUCCUGAGACGUCUCCGUCUGUUGAAUUGACCAUGAAUCUCUCAGGAGGUGGAAACACAGAGAGAAGCCUGAGUGAGAAGCUUCCUUUCCUGAAGCUUUCCGCAGCAUCACACUCAUGACUUCCUGUCAUCACGGCAUAGUUUCGUGACGCUGGCGCUCUGAGCGUCACUCUGUGAUUCAGUAAUGUGGCGUUCUCUAUGCAAACAUUAUUUUGGUGCCUGUUAUCCAGCAGGUUGGGUCUCAGAUUUCUGCUGUGAGUCCAGAAUGGGACAGAAACAACACGUAAGACCAGAUUUCUGUCUCGCUCUGCUACAGUUAGUCAGAUUACAGCUGCAGCUAACAGUUAAUGCCACUAUGGAUUCAUCUGCAGAUCGUUUUCUCCACUGAUCGAUUAGUUCAGUCCAUAAAAUGUCCAGAGUAAUGAAAAACUGUCAGGUUCCAGUGAUGCAUGAUAAAGAAAAAUCUUAAAUCUGCACAUUUACAGUAGUUUUAGCUUUUUAACAGAAACAGCAACAUAAGACUCUGACUCUGGGUCCAGGCGACGUUCAGCGAACAUCAUCAUCAGUUUGAUUUCUCUCUGACAGACGGAGACUUGUCAGGUUUCAGUCUCCGUCCUCCUGCAGACAGUUACUGCUUCAGACCAGCGUCCGUCAGUUUCUGACUCUGGGAAAGUAGAAAGACUAAGUACGUGAAGCUCAGUUUCCCAGAAGCCCCUGGAAGUGUCCGGCUGAGUGGACGGACUGACUGACUGACUGAUGAGCUGACAGAUGAGCUGACCGUCAGAGGAGUCUUCAGACCAGUUCAUCAUGAUUACAGCUCAGUGAUUGUCUCAGUUUCAGAUGAUCUGCUUUGAUCAUGAUUUUCAGUAUUUACCUCCUUUUUUUUUCCUUUUACUUUAAAGGUUCAGCAUCGAGUGAGAGCCACGCUGAGUCAGAUGUUCAGGCGGAUCAUCAGGCUCUCGUCUGGCAUCGAGCACAGAGCUGGAGUCCCAGGCCGUUGGGAACUACUUCUUGGCGAGUACAGGUUCAUCCUUCCGCCACGGCUCCAGCUCCAAACAGACCUGAGACUGAUCCUGAUCCUCUGAGCUCUAAAAAAAAAAACGCUAAGAUGCCAAUUUACCAAAAAUGUCUUUAGUUAUGGUGUGAGAUGUUUCUGGGACGUCAGGCUUCAUCAACACUUCCACAGUCUGACUGCCCGUGUUUCAGAGCAGAAGCUUUUUACGUUCACCUGUAGAUAAUAUUUAAUGAUUGAGCGUGAGUGUUGUUCCCUCUCUGUCGUUCCUGCUCUUCGUCCUGAUGAAGGACUGAACCACCUUCCUCCUGUUUUUAAAGCACCGAGAAGCCGUUUAGUAAAACACUAAGAACAGAGCCAACACUCGUCUUCACUCAUCGCCCUCGUCACCUGACGGCGUCAGUGUUUCAGUUUUUAAAGCCAAAGUCCGUCAGUAGGACGAACGAGAGGUUCAUUCCCAACCCUGACCCCGGGCUGAGGGUCAGAGGUCACCGCGUUGUUUCACUGAAUCAUGUUUUCUUUAUUUAAUCAUCAUUCCAUCCACCGCAUCACCACUGUGUGCUUUUUGUUUUUGUACAGUUGAGUUUUUUACAGCCUCAUCCACACAUAGGGCAUGUGUAUGAAAUAUUAUACAUAUAUAAAUAUAAAUUUUCUAGACCUUUUUGUAGCUGGAAGAACAACGGCUGGGCGGCAGACCAGGUUCAGCUCACUGGAUGUAAAGGAAUGCUUUCGUGAUUUGUGGAUAUGUCUAAUAAAUUCCUUUUUUAUAAAUAUAUUUGUAAAUUUAAUCUUAGAGGAGCACUGCGAUCCCACCCCCUGCUGGCAAAGAAUGUUUAUAAUCUGGAUUUUUUUUUUUUUUUUUUGUCUUCUGUUGCAUUUUAAAGUUAUUUUCGUUAAUUUAUUUUUCAAUACAAUAUUAAACCAAACUCCUACAACA